CAUUUGAACCAAGUCUCCUCGCCGCCCCGCUGCUUCCUCCACCGGAGGCGGGCAAUUAGAGCAGCCGGUCUCCAAGAAAAUAGGUCUGCGGUCGCCGGGCAGAUGAAUUAGUUGGCAUUCACUGUCUGUAUGGAGGGUAAGUUUGUGCGCGCACGGGCACAAAAUGUUGGGGAUGUAUGGAGUCACGACGCGCUACGCAACGCAGUUCGUCAUGACUUGAAGUGAAUCACGAUGGGAUUUCUUUAGUGACGUGACAUUUAGGUUAGAAGCAAUUAGGCAUGGCUUGUGUGUGCUGCAUAUUUACCAGCAGCUGUGGCAUAUAGCUGCUUUUCACCACUUUUUUUGGGCUGCAGUUUGUUUUUAUUUUUAUUUCCAUCCAAAGCAGGCAUCUCAACGCAGCUGAACUCUUGCACUAUAUUUCCCAUGAGGUGAGGAGAGCGUGGUGCGCCGGAUUUCUCUUGGAGGACGCUGCUUUACGCUCCGUGCACCUGUGGACGCCUGCUAAAAGAGCACCGUGGACGCCUUUUGCGUGUCUUUUUUUUCUCUACCAUACGCGUUUUAUUUUUAGGGUCUUUCCCGCAGCACAAAGCGUCUAUCGGAUGCACGGCUGCAGCAGUCGGAGAGGUCUGGUCACAUUCAGCACCACAUCAGCUUUGAACAGCGCCGGGUCGUCGCGUGUGGAUGGGCUCUGUCGGUCUCCGUGUCUCCAGCAGCUCCUAACUACCGGCAACAAUGGCAUCGCAGGGUUUCUGGUCUCUCGGCGGAGAUAAUGCGGGGGCCAACACCGGGAGUCAGAGCCCCAGUACGCCCAGGGCUUGGUGCCAAGCGGCGGCCCAGAAAUUAUCCGGAGGAAUUGGAUCGAAAUUAUGUGCGCUGCUAAAUGUCGGGGAAGUGGAGAAAGCCGCCGAGCCGGCCGCCAAGCAGCCGCCGGGGACAGAAGCUGCAGGCACCUGCGGCUGCAACAAAUCCUGCAACUGCACCAAAGCUGCUGUGGUCUUCUCCAACCUCUAUUCAACAGACCUGUUACCUGCCAUGGACGGCGACACCAAAACAAUGACCUUCCUGCAGGAAGUUGUGGAUAUUUUACUGGCCUACAUCGUGGAGUCUUUCGACCGGGACACCAAAGUUAUUGAUUUUCAUUAUCCAAACGAGCUUCUUCAGAUGAACAACUGGGAGCUGCAGGGCGAGCCGGCCACCCUGGAUGAUAUCUUGAUCAGCUGUCGCGCUACUCUCAAAUACGCCAUCAAAACAGCCCACCCCAGGUACUUCAAUCAGCUCUCUACAGGAUUAGACAUGGUCGGACUGGCAGCCGAUUGGCUAACGUCCACCGCCAACACCAAUAUGUUCACCUAUGAGGUGGCUCCUGUCUUUGUGCUGCUGGAAUACGUCACUCUGAAGAAGAUGAGGGAGAUCAUUGGCUGGCCGGAUGGGCGAGGAGAUGGCAUUUUCUCUCCUGGUGGUGCUAUUUCUAAUAUGUACGCCAUGCUGCUGGCUCGCUUCAAGAUGUUCCCCGAAGUGAAGGAGAAAGGAAUGUCAUCUGUUCCCCGACUGGUGGCCUUCACAUCCGAACAUAGCCAUUUUUCAAUCAAAAAAGGUGCGGCAGCUCUUGGCAUCGGGACAGAGAGUGUGAUCUGCAUCAAAGCAGACGAAAGUGGUAAAAUGAUCCCAGCCGACCUUGAGAGGAGAAUACUGGAGGCGAAACAGAAGGGCUUUGUUCCUUUCUUUGUUAGCGCAACAGCGGGCACAACAGUGUACGGAGCCUUUGACCCGCUCAUCGCCAUUUCUGACAUCUGCAAAAAGUACAGUGUCUGGAUGCAUGUGGAUGGUGCGUGGGGAGGAAGUCUGCUCAUGUCCCGGAGACACAGGUGGAAGCUGGACGGGGUUGAGAGGGCCAAUUCAGUAACAUGGAACCCACACAAGAUGAUGUCAGUCCCUCUGCAGUGUUCAGCCCUGCUGGUCAGAGAGGAGGGUCUGAUGCAGAACUGCAACCAGAUGCACGCCUGCUACCUGUUCCAGCAGGACAAGCACUACGACCUUUCCUACGACACCGGAGACAAAGCGCUGCAGUGCGGACGCCACGUGGACAUUUUCAAGCUGUGGCUCAUGUGGAGAGCUAAGGGCACCAUUGGGUUUGAAGCUCAGAUUGACAAGUGCUUGGAGCUGUCAGAGUACCUCUACAACAAGAUCAAAGACAGAGAAGGAUACGAGAUGGUCUUUGAUGGAAAACCUCAACACACCAAUGUCUGCUUCUGGUACCUCCCUCCUGGGAUCCGCUACAUGGAGGACAAAGAGGAGAGAAAGAAACGCUUGCACAAGGUGGCUCCAGUGAUAAAAGCCAGGAUGAUGGAGUACGGGACAACAAUGGUCAGCUACCAACCACAAGGAGACAAGGUCAACUUUUUCCGCAUGGUGAUCUCAAAUCCCGCCGCAACCUUCGAGGACAUCGACUUUCUUAUUGAGGAGAUUGAACGACUGGGCCAGGAUCUAUAAGACUCAUCGCAACAAAUCCUCCUGUACUUUUCCCCCUUGACGGAUGAAUUGUUUGUCGUGAAUGUACUGGUAAACUUUUUCUUUUCUCUCUCUCUCUUUCCUCCAAAGUCGCAUAUUUAAGAGUAUAUUUGAGAAAAAAAAAUCUACAGAUAUAUCCAUAUUAUGUAUUGUAGCUUUGCCGUGGACUGACUUGGUCCAAAGCUAUGUAAAAGUGCUUCUGUCUGCCUUUCCUAUAGUGUAGUAGAUCCCAGAGUAGUGUAAGUGAUGUAACUUUAUAUGUCCUUUUUGUGAUAUGAAAUGCUUGUGCAAUAGGUCGAUGAAGAAGAAUUUAUUUUUUAAUCAUUUGUCAUUUGCAGAGUAUGUUGUUAAGUGCCAAACGUGGUUGUGUUCUAUUGUAACUUUACAUUUUAAACUUCUGGUUUAAAACAAAAAAAAGCACUUCACCUUACCUCAGCUUAAUCAACUGCCUUUGCAUCUGCACAUAGUACUCCAAGCGGUGAUCUUUGGACAAUACACUCUUGACUGGUGAUGUACAGCAGCACCAACACAUGUUAAAUAAGUAUCCCAACCAGAACAAGCAGUCACUGGGAUUUGGAAAUAUGUAUAAAAGAAGGCAUUUUCAUCAAAAUUACACAACGGCAAAGUCAAUUCAAAGCAUUUAUAAAGCCAUGUCAGUUCAUCGUGCAUCACAUCAGCCUCUGACAGUUUGGUCCGCAGCUUAUGAUGCUAAUUUAAUGUUGCUGCUUAUUACUUCUAACACUUUGUACUCUUUUUACACACACUUCUUUCUAGUGUAUUUAAGGUGAAUAAGGCUUGUUAAAUUGUUUUGUUUGACGUAACCAGCUCCAUGCACAUAUCAGAAUGGGUACCAUUUCCAACCAGGCUGUAUGUUUAGUUGUCCUGAGUGUGCUUUACAUGUUGUAAUGAUGAUCCAAAAUGAGAAUAAUCAACAUUAAGAGGUCACGUAAAGUUAAAAUCCUUAAAUUUAUUAUGUAUUUCAAACUCUCCUUUUCCUACGUUCAAUGGCUUAUUUAGCCAUUUAAAUUAGUUUUUAAUUGCCUCUCCUUACAUUAGUUUUAAAUGUUAGUGGCGGAGUCCACCACCACUUGGAAUUCAAGUUGCAUACCCAUGCACCUAUGAGCUAAUAGAUCAAAUUCAAACUUAAAAGUUUAAUCUCAGAGUGUCUGUGACAUUCAGAAAAAAUCAGCCAUUGUCUUGUUUUUUGGGGAAUGAUUAUGUCUUAAAAAGCAAAAUAGGCAACUGCGAGGGGCCCCAGACCAAAGCCCUGAAUUCACUGCAUGUCAGCUGGUUCUGGUAAUUUGAUUAAAUGCAAAUUGCCACAGUUAACAACAAUAUCAACAGGCCCUGCAUUGUUAGCUGAUCCAUGCUAUGUCUUGCAACGGUAUCCCAUGUACGGAAACCAAGAAUGGCAGUGCCUGCAAUUAUUUUUUUAAUGCUGUUAUUUUGAGAUCACAAACUAAGUGUUUUGUUAUCUCUAUUUCGCAUUAGUUUUCUCGAAAUCAUGGGAUAAUUAUGGAGAGCUCAAAGAUGAGUGUCUUGUUUAUUUAAUCACAUCUGAUUUCAGCCUUCAAGAUCACAAGGACACACUGCAAUUUCUGCCUGUUGGACCUUAAUUGAAGUACAGCAAUGAUGUGUCAUUUUCAGCAACAUUUUCAUCUUAAAUCACUUUCUACAGUUGUCAAAAUGCCAUCUAUGGAUGCUGGCACGGCACUCUUGAUCCUCCACUCCUUUUGUUUGCUAUCAGGUUGAUUAUCUCUUUAUCUCAAGAAAACAAAGUCCAUAACGAUGAUAAGAUAAUGAAAUACUUAGCUCAUUAUCUCAAGUUAGCACUGGACUUUAUGGGAACUUGUGGCCAGUGAUUGUUCUAGGCAGCCUGGUCUUGCACUUGCUGCUAUCACCAGUAACCACAGGUGUUUCUAAAUCAACCAGGACUAAAAUUUUAAGGUUUGUAACUUUAGAGAUGUGAAACCUCUCAUCUACAGUACCAUAACAAGAGAGCAUAUUUGUCAGUGGUGUUUUUGGACGAGCACUUAAAGAAAGAUGGAGGAUCUUAAGAAAUCUGGGAACAGGGCAAUAACGGUGUUAUAGGAACUUCACCAGACUUGCAGCUACUGCAUACCUGACAUCACUUGCACUAAAUCAUCAGGGGAGGAGGAAGCAUCCCUUAGCAUUGCAACUGAGAUUUCUUCUUUAUUCAUUCACAAGCAAUAUUUGGGUGUGGGUCCAAUCUGUAUACCCUGCAAAAUAUCAAAAGAAAAGGUGAAUUCAAGUGUACAGUAGUUAACGAUAAUCAAGUUUACUACUAGUUAGCAAAAACAUAAACUAAAACCACGCUUACUGUAGGCAGGUUAGUCGAUGGAAACGUGAACCCUGAUUUAACGAGCAGAGGUUCUGUAGCAUUUUCAUUAGAACAAGUUAGAAAAGCACAAUUUGCUCAACACGGUCGCUCAGUGUACAAUCACUUUUGAUCAUAGAUUGUAAAUAGUAUUUCAAGAUGUCCUAAGUACAUAUAUUUGUGUAUACAUGAGUGUAUAUAAGACAUAUAACCAGAGACUAUUUGUGAGGUAAAGUUAUUCAUAUUUUCUCUAUCUCCAAUAUAGAUUACCUGUAUUUUCAUCCUGUUUGUCCAAAAGGCUUUUUUCCUGUGUGUGUGUAUGUAUGUAUGUAUGUCAGAUACUUGACUUGGUUUGUGACUCUUCUCGCUAUUUCAAAGAAAAACAUGUUUCAGGGACUGGCUUUAAAGAAACUGACAGAUUUCACCUUGAAAUAUAUUCGAGUCUUGCUCAGAGACUCUGGUGUUUGGAUUUUAAACGAAUAUGCAAAGC